AUGGACCCGCGCCACCCCUCCGCCGCGCAUCGCGAUAAUGACGCGCCCGGGAGAUUAUUGCAGCCUCAAGAUGCAGCUUUUCCUGCGUCGGAUCCUGCAGCUGAGCUGUCGCAUCCAUCGCUAUCGGACGGUCUCCGUCGCCCUCCUCCUCCACCGGGCGCUCUACGCCGGACGCCCAGCUCCAGCUCACUGAGGGAUCAGCGUCGCCAGUCCAUCCCCGCUUUGCACAAACGCUCCUCGAUCACCUCGCUGCGGUCGGUUCAGCACGCUGGAGGGUCGCCAUCGCCACGUCCUAGUCUCUCAAGACGCUCGUCGAGUAACCACCUGGCUGCUUCCUCGCCGCCCAGCAUGGCCACCGCCAUGGCGGCGGCGCCGCCGCCUCCUCCAGUCGUGACGGCUGCGACUAUCGCGGAAGAGCACUUCCAGAAGGAACUGGCGUUGCACGAUGCCGGCGAUCUGCAGUCGACGGCCCUCGUUGUCUUGCACGAUGCUUGCUACGGCCAUCGCUUCUCGCGCCCCCGAACCUCCAAAGCCGCGCUAGGCACGAUCGUCGAGCGUCCGGAACGUAUACGGGCGGGUGUGCUGGGUGUGUCGGCCGCUUAUGUCCGUCUGGGCAAAAGACAUGCCGGCGAGAAGUUUGCCCCUCACCCGGAUCUAGACGCGCAGCUACUGCCACGGCCCCCAUUUCAAAUCCGUCGGACAGGGCGCUCGAUGCCACUCACCUCCCCGGCGGCGACCCACGUGCACGGAACCAAGUGGAUGGAAGACCUCAAGGGGAUGUGUGACGCUGCGGAGUCCCGUCUCGCCUUGAACGGUCGGGAGCUUGUGCGCCCUCGUAGCGCGGGCAGCGCUGGAAAGGAAGACCCAAACGGCGGCGGCGGCGGCGGCGGCGGCAGCACCACCACCACCACCACCAACAACAACAACGCUCCUAAGUUCCACGAAGGGGAUCUAUAUCUGUGCUCAGAGUCGCUCAACGCGAUCGAGGGUGCGUUGGGGGGUGUCUGUGAAGGAGUUGAUGCCGUCUUGGGACCUGGUUCGACCAGGCGCGCGUUUGUAUGCAUUCGGCCCCCGGGCCAUCACUGCUCUGCCAGCCAUCCGUCGGGCUUCUGCUGGGUCAACAAUGUCCAUGUGGGAAUCACCUAUGCCGCCAUGACGCACGGUCUGACCCACGCCGCCAUCCUUGACUUUGACCUGCAUCACGGCGACGGCUCGCAGGAGAUCGCCUGGGACCAGAAUACCAAAGCCAUUGCCGCCGCCAAGAACGCAGCAAGCCACAAGAAAACCAUGGUUGGCUAUUUCAGCCUGCACGAUAUCAACUCCUACCCGUGUGAAAUGGGAGAUGCAGACAAGGUCCGCAACGCAAGCGUCUGUGUCGACAAGGCGCAUGGCCAGUCCAUCUGGAAUAUUCAUCUGGAGCCAUGGAAGACCCCUGCUGAGUUCUGGGAGCUCUACGCCACAAAAUACAGCGUCUUGAUUGACAAGGCGCGUGCCUUCCUGCGCCUGCAUACAGAGCGCCUCGCGAACACACCCAACGCACCGGCUCCCAAAGCAGCCAUCUUCCUCUCGGCAGGCUUUGAUGCUAGUGAAUGGGAGGGUGCUGGCAUGCAGAGACACAAAGUCAAUGUGCCCACCGAUUUCUACGCCAAAUUUACCGCCGAUGUCGUUCGCAUGGCCGAGGAAGAAGGGCUUGGGGCUGACGGUCGCAUCAUCAGUGUGCUCGAAGGCGGGUACAGUAAUCGAGCCUUGAUGAGCGGUGUCUGGAGUCAUCUUGCGGGCCUCAGUGAUCCAACCACCAGCGUGUCCGAAUCAAGCUCUCAGACCAGUAGUCGUCUGGCUUCGGAGAUGAUGGGUCGCCUGGGACUUUCAUCUCCCAUGGGACUUGCCUCUGCGGGACAGGAAGAAGAAGGAGAAGAAGGAGAGCUUACGGCGGUUUUCAACACUGAGUGGUGGGCUCCGGAUUUGCUGGACGAGUUGGAGACCCUUGUGUAUCCCCCGCCUGCUCCCGUGGGCAAGUCUCACAAGGCUAGUCCGACGUAUUUUGCACCCACGCGGGCGUUCAGUGCAAAGGUUGUAGCUCCAAAUCGCGAGCGAAAGUCCUUUGGAUCGCAAGAACCGGAGCUGCCUCCUCCGCUCCCCGAAGUGGGUUGGGCUACAGCCACUCAUGAGCUUUCUAAGAUUCUCAUCCCCAGCAACCGCCAGACCCUGAGCUGUCGGCCAGACGAGCUUAAUGCCGAAGCCUCUCGGAUCCGGCGUGAACGUCAGACAGCAGCGAAGGGUGGUAGUAGUGCUGGUGCUGCUGGUGCUGGUGCUGCUUUUACCGCUCCAAGCACAACGGACGAAAAGCGCAUGCAGCUUCGAAGCCGGAAACCCAAGUCCUCGCUGCCCAAUUCUCCCAGAAUAGAGACCCCCAAAAAGCAGGUUCUCAAGAGUAAUCGGCGAACUACCAUCGACGCCGUCAAGGAUAUUCUGGAUCCGUCCCUGGCGAGUUCGCCCGCUGCUCGGACCGGUCGCCGCAAGAGCACAACCCCGACCACUGUGUCAAACAAUGAAGUUUCAACCCCGUCCAUUAUUGGCUCAACAGCGGGUGCGCGCAAGACAACCAAUUCUCGAAACGGGACGCCCAAGCGAGGUGCAACUCCUAAGAAAAUGCCACCCGUGCCCCGGGUUCCUUCAGCCUAUUUGAGCGAUCUCUCCGCCCUCUCUGCGGCAAGUGAACAGCAGCCUCCUCCACAGGCCGAUGUCACUGAACAACCGAAAAGACCUGAAGUGCAAGAGGAGCUGGACAGUCUGACGGCCGGCGUGAAGAAGCUCAGCAUUAAACUCAAGGUUCCAUCACCGGAGGAAAACGCAGCCCGUGAGAAGAAGGCGGCAGAGGAGCGCAAACGGGCAUCGGCCAAACCGGUCAAAUUGCCCCGGAAGACGGGCUCGAAGAAACCCGCCCAGCCAGUCAGAAAAAAACAGGAGAACCAAGACCCAGCCGUGGAACCCAUGCUUUCACCCACUACUUCCUUGAGUGUCUCCGGCACCCAGAACGACGCUGCCACCAGAUCUGUCGAACAUCAUACGGCGUAUCCGAUCCAACCUGCUCUAGUCUCAAAUGUUGGGUCCCCACCCCUGACUCCCGGGUCUCAGUAUGAGCCCGUUAAACCCCAGCCGUCGGUGUUCUCACCUCCCAUGUCUGCAACACAGACCAAGCAAGGUCUCCCGGUCUUCACAUCGAGCAGUCCGAUCCCCUUUGCGCCGCAGGCGAGUAGCGCGACUAGCUCCCCCGUGGGGACCUCUGAAUACACUGUCAUGAGCGGUUCUUUUGAUGAGAAGAGAGGAUGA